AUGGUCUUAUUUGCCAGUGGAGUCUUUUGCAUCUUGAUCGCCACUCUACGCGCUGCCAAUGUCACUGCACAGACUAUCAGGACUGGCAAGACGAUGGAUGGUACAUGGCUUGCAGUAUGGAGUAUGGCCGAGACAGCUGUUGUCCGUGGAUGGAGCUCCAAUCUGCGCACCAUGGGCAGUGCUUCAACACGUCCCAAACCCAAGGCACCGACUGAGUUGGAUACGUUUUGGACAAACAUACACGGCAGUGAGGAAGAGCUAGCAGGGAAACAAGAUAGUGCCUCUCUCACUACGACAGUCGACCAAAGUGAAGAGGGCCUGGGCAUGGCUAGAUGA